AUGAAAGAUCUGAACCAGUGGAUCUGGUCCAACAGGGCCUUUUCGACAGCGUACUUGAUGACAGGGUCGGAAAGGUCACCUCUGACAGAGAAUCCGUGCGAAGUCGUCGCUGAAGUACUCAUCGUGUUCGGCAAGACUGAUCACCAAUGGCUUCUCCAAGCUCUCAACGUCGGAGACCUGGGUGAAACUUGGGUGAGCAACAGCACCAACGUCCAACAAAGAGUCUUUGGUCAGGUUCUCAAAGACAAACUUGGCACCGUAGCAGUAUCCAAUUGCAGCCAAGAACUUUGGACUCAAAGUCUUUUUGACCUCGGCCAAAAAUUCCUUAACAAGAGGAGUCUUCUUAUCUGGAGAGUGUUUAGUCAGCCAUGCGCCACGGUCGGACUUCUCCGUGAUAGGGUCCUCGUCAAACAAAUCCAAAAUGAAAACCUGGAUACCAAGGUUCUCUGCGAAUCUGUCGGCAAUCAAUUUGACGUUGUUGAGUCUGUAACCGUAAAUGUCUGGGAAAAUAGCAAGCACUUUGUCUGA